AUUGUAAACACUCCCUAUGAGUCAGCUAUAAAUUCAAUUCAAAUCCCCAGUCUUUUUGUCUUCUCUGCUUAUCAUGGUUACCACCAAAAUGACUGCUGCUUUUAGAAACCCUAAUGGGAAACAGGUGGCGACAGACAAGGUUGCAGAAAAGCUGAGUUCUACUCUCUCAUGGGUGAAGAACACAGUUUCGCAUACAGUCAGUCAGAUGGCCAGUCAGGUGGCAAGUCCAUCUGCUUCAUUACACACUACAUCCUCAUCUACCACACUGUCAACACCAGCCCUUUCACCGUCUUCCCCAUCACAGUUGAGUCCGGAUGACUUGGAACUCCUGGCUAAACUGGAGGAACAAAAUAGAUUAUUAGAGACGGAUAGUAAGUCUUUAAGAUCUGUAAAUGGGUCAAGAAGAAAUAGUGGCUCCUCUCUUGUAUCAAGUUCAUCAGCCUCCAGUAAUCUCAGCCACCUUGAAGAAGAUUCUUGGAUUCUUUGGGGAAGAAUUGUUAAUGAAUGGGAAGAUGUGCGCAAAAAGAAGGAAAAACAAGUUAAGGAACUUGUUCGUAAAGGAAUACCCCACCAUUUUAGAGCAAUAGUUUGGCAACUUUUAUGCAGUGCACAAAGUAUGCCAAUUAAGGAUCAGUAUUCAGAACUCCUGAAAAUGACCUCACCUUGUGAAAAACUGAUCCGGAGGGACAUUGCUAGAACUUAUCCUGAACAUAAUUUUUUUAAGGAAAAAGAUAGCCUUGGACAGGAGGUUCUAUUCAAUGUGAUGAAGGCAUAUUCUUUAGUGGAUCGUGAGGUUGGUUACUGUCAAGGAAGUGCUUUUAUAGUUGGAUUAUUGCUUAUGCAGAUGCCAGAAGAAGAAGCUUUCUGUGUAUUUGUUAAAUUAAUGCAAGAUUAUAGACUUCGUGAACUUUUUAAACCAAGUAUGGCAGAAUUGGGCCUUUGUAUGUACCAGUUUGAGUGCAUGAUACAGGAGCAUCUUCCAGAGCUCUUUGUACACUUUCAGUCUCAGAGUUUUCAUACCUCAAUGUAUGCAUCAUCCUGGUUUCUGACUAUCUUUCUUACAACUUUUCCAUUACCAAUUGCAACACGGAUAUUUGAUAUCUUUAUGUCUGAGGGUUUAGAAAUAGUGUUUCGAGUAGGAUUAGCACUUCUUCAAAUGAAUCAGGCAGAAUUAAUGCAACUUGACAUGGAAGGGAUGUUACAGCACUUUCAGAAGGUCAUUCCACAUCAGUUUGAUGGUAGUGCAGAUAAACUAAUCCAAGCAGCUUACCAAGUCAAAUACAACUCAAAAAAAAUGAAAAAGCUUGAAAAGGAAUACACCACAAUAAAAACUAAAGAAAUGGAAGAGCAAGUUGAAAUUAAAAGGUUACGCACAGAAAAUAGACUUUUAAAACAGCGCAUUGAAACGUUAGAAAAAGAAAGUGCUUCCUUGGCAGAUAGAUUGAUACAGGGACAAGUGACAAGAGCCCAGGAGGCUGAGGAAAACUACCUCAUAAAACGGGAGUUGGCCACCAUCAAACAGCAGAGUGAUGAGGCCAGUGCUAAGCUGGAGCAAGCUGAAAAUACCAUCAGGAAGCUCCAGCACCAACAACAAUGGCAUAAAUGCAGUUCCAACUACAAUGAAGAUUUUGUGCUACAGCUGGAGAAGGAAUUGGUCCAAGCCCGACUAAGUGAAGCUGAGUCUCAAUGUGCACUAAAGGAGAUGCAGGAUAAAAUCCUGGAUAUAGAAAAGAGAAACAACUCCUUUCCUGAUGAGAAUAAUGUUGCAAGGCUUCAGGAGGAACUCAUUGCUGUGAAGCUGAGAGAAGCAGAAGCCAUUAUGGGUUUGAAAGAACUUAGACAGCAAGUCAAGGAUUUAGAAGAACACUGGCAGCGCCAUUUAGCUCGUACUACUGGGAGAUGGAAAGACCCACCUAAGAAAAAUGCUGUGAAUGAGUUGCAAGAUGAAUUGAUGACCAUUCGACUUAAAGAAGCUGAAACACAGGCAGAAAUAAGAGAAAUAAAACAAAGAAUGAUGGAAAUGGAGACACAGAACCAGAUCAAUAGUAAUCAUCUUAGAAGAGCAGAACAAGAGGUGAUCAGUCUACAGGAGAAGGUACACUAUCUUUCUGCACAGAACAAAGGACUACUUACUCAAUUAAGUGAAGCAAAGCGCAAACAAGCAGAGAUUGAAUGCAAGAACAAGGAAGAAGUGAUGGCUGUGAGACUUCGAGAAGCAGAUAGCAUAGCUGCUGUGGCUGAACUGCAGCAGCACAUUGCUGAGCUUGAAAUCCAGAAAGAAGAAGGAAAGCUUCAAGGACAGCUUAACAAGUCUGAUUCUAACCAGUAUAUUAGGGAACUGAAAGAUCAGAUAGCAGAGCUGAAUCAUGAGCUCAGGUGCCUAAAAGGCCAGAGGGGCUUCUCAGGCCAACCUCCUUUUGAUGGAAUUCACAUUGUCAACCAUUUAAUAGGAGAUGAUGAAUCAUUCCUUUCCUCAGAUGAAGAUUUUAUAGAUAACUCCUUACAGGAAAGUGGCAUUGGUUUUCCCUUGCACAGAAAAUCAGGCCCAAUGUCUUUGGACCCCACUGUGGCAGAUGGUAGUGAAAGCGAAACAGAAGACAGUGUGCUGGAGACCAGGGAGAGUCACCGAAGGAUCCAAGAGGAGCGACCCCCACGAAGAGAGUCACACUCAACCACUGUCUGACCGUCACUGUGACCCAGACUACAGAUUUCUUCAAGGGAUCCAGUUGUCCUAUGAUUAGGGAUUUUUUGGAUUUAUCUGUUUCAUAUGUAUAUAUAUAUAUAUAUAUAUAUAUAUAUAUAUAUAUAUAUAUAUACACACAUAUAUAUAUUUUACAAUCCUAUCUGCCUUUUUUUAUCUUUGCCAAAUCUUCACCACUGAUUUUCCAUUACCAUAAAGUUGACUGGAAUAUGGUUAAUGGGUAAAAUAAGGUUCUAACAGUAUUAAUGAACAUUAAUGUUUCUUGUUUAGAAAAUGUAACUAUCUAAAUGUGGGAACCAUUUUGAAGUUCAGAACUAUGGAAAAUUGAAUUUUCUUCAGAUAAAACUGUUCUUGUGCAAUACUUUAUGCUCAGUGAACAAAUUGUAUAUUUGUUUAUCAAUUUGUUUUCAAGGCUAUCUGCAGACAUUUGACCAAGACAUAUAUCUGAUUGAUAUUGUAUUUUUGUGUUUUGGGAAUUUUUUUUUUUUUUUGCCACUAAAAUUACUAUUUUAUUAGUGAGCCACUGAGGUUCUUAAACACAAAGCCUUUUUUCCUAUAUAAUUUUAUAAACAAAUUGUUAACUAUUUUCAGAGUUUAAAGUUUUGUUUUAAUUUCUAACUUUUAUGUGCAUAUGGAGGCUUCCAUGUGUCAGUUAUUGGUAAAAGUAGUAAGUUAACUAUAAAUAUAUUGUUAAUUUGUACAUAUUUAUGAAUCUGUAUAUCCAACAUCAAAUAUUAUUUUACAUGAGGAAUAUCAUAUUGCAGAAUGACUUCUUUCAGCAUUCUCACAGAACUUCUGUACAUAGUAGGUCAAAAGAAAAUUUAAAAAGAAAACCAGACACUAAUAUUUUAAUAGUUUUAGUAUUUUGCUUAGCAUUCAACACUAGCAUAUUCAUAACUGAUGCCUGUUCAGAAACACUAUUGAUGAAAUCUUUUACUUCAUGUAUAUUAACUAAUAAAUUUUUCAUGAUUAAAGAGGUUAUAGCACAUAUUACUUAUGCUGAUAUUCUACUUAAUAUAAUUUAAGCAGUGGACUAAGGUCCAAGUUGCAAAGCAAUUAUACUGCAAAUAAUCUAUGAACAUUAUCUUCAAAUUCUCUAGUUUCUAAAUAAUAGAUGAAGCCAUACAAAUCCUACUAAUUCUUCCUUUUCUACCAUUUACACUUUUUCCUAGAAAACUGAAUGCCUGUCAUUGAUAAAUUAGAAGAACUAUCCAAAUUACACUUACCUGUGGAAAGACAGAAAGAAUGUAUUGACUGGAUACUUUCCACUCUCAUUUUUAUUAGCAGCCUAUGAAAGGAAUAGCCAUAGAGGAUGAGAGGAAAGUAGAAAUCAGUAGUGUGGAAGGACAAUUUUGCACAAUAUGAUGGAAUGGACUUGAAAAGACAAAAGUAGUUUUUGUCUAAAACCAGAAGUUAAGCCUUAUGUUACAUUGUGGACUAGGCUUUUCCAGCAAGGAUGUAUGUAGCUAUUUUUUUUGCCUGAGAAAUGCAAUUGAAACAUGCCUUCUGAGUCCAUUGAACCAAGUUAAAUUCUAAUGGUUAGGUAAUUUUACCUGUUGUCACAAGCUAAUAAUUAACAGAGCCAAGAUUUUAAUCCAGAUCUCUCUGACACUAAAGCAUUUAAAGUGGUCCAGCUAAUAAAUUUCUCAAUUUUCUGCUUUUCUGACAAUAUGAUUUAAGUGAUUUAAUAGAUUUGUAUAUUUUUGAAUAUGCAUACCUAUAGACAUACAUGAAUAUCAGCACUCAUAAGCCCUACAGUUAUGAGUAUAGAUACUACUUCUAGAAUUGGUAUUAUUCCUAAAAUCCUAAAGCUUUGGGGAUUCUUCUUUGGGGUCUAUACUGUCAUUCCAGAAGGUUAUCAAUACCCAAGUGAAGUGAGAUGAGUCAUGGUCAUAUUAUUGCCUUGACCCCCACAUCAAGAAAUCUGAAUAAUCUAGACUAAGAGUCAGCAAAGUAUAGCUAAUUCCAGUCAUCUUCCUGUUUUUACUUUAGUUAGGGAAAAUUCAAAAGAAUAAUAUUUUAUGUCACAUAAAAGUAGUAUGAAAUUCAGAUUUCAGUGUACAUACGUAAAGUUUGAUUGGAACACAGCUAUCCUUAUCCAUUUGCCAUAUUUUCUUUUCUUUGCAGUACUGGGGAUUGAACCAGGGGCACUUUAUCACUGAGCUGCGUUCCUGGUAACCCACACAUACACACUUUUUUUUUUUUUUUAAGGAGACAGGGUCUUGCUAAGUUGCUGAGGCUGGCCUGGUACUUGCAAUUCUUCUGCCUCAGCUGCCAAAGUUCCUGGGAUUACAAGCAUGAGCCACCAUACCCAGCCAUUUUUUUUUUUGUGGCUAUAAUGGCAGAGUUGAAAUAGUUAUAGUGAAGAUCAUGGACCCUCAUAGCAUAGAAUAUCUACUUUCUGGCCCUUUACAGAAAAAAACUCGAUCUGGAUACUCCAGAAUGUUAGGCUGCUUCUUUAGUUUGGCUUAAUAGAAGAUCAAACCAUAUUCUUUUCUGUUGAGGUAAUGAUUUAGAAACAUAAAAUUUUCUGGUGGAUCUUUUGUUCCACAACUAUUCAAAUUGAAAAGUAUACCAGCUAUCUUAUAUGGUAAUCUAUGAUUCCAUAGAAAAUUUUUGAAGAAUACCUGAAACUUUAGAGGAGAAAGAAAGAAAUGAAUUCCCGAAUCCCAGCAGUAUUCUUUGAAAUAUGUAUUAUUAAUAUUUUUAGGAUAUGCUUCACUGAGAAAUGUUACAAUUUAAUUUUAAAAUAGGACAUCUUUCUAGAGUCACAUUUUGAAAGAUAUUCUAAAGAAUUUCAUAAGUACUCUUUGUGGUUAGAAUUAGGUGUUAAAAGAAUUAGGAUAAGUAAACAUUAUUCUGUUGAUGCUCUUCUAAUUUGGACCAUGAAAACUAGAAACAACAUUCUUCUCAUUUAAGGCCUUUAAUUCAAGCCAGGUGCAGUAGUGUAUACCUGGAGUAGUCCCUGGAGGCUGAGGUGGUGGGUCACCUGACAAAAUCCAGGAGUCAAAGGCCAGCCUGGGCCAUGUAGCAAGACUCUAUCUCCAAACCAAAAAACAACAACAAAAAAAUCUUUGAUUCAAAAACAUCUUAGAAGAAUUUAAAAUCUUCCUGACAUUUAGGGUGCAAUAGGAUACUAUGUCUUAAUUUGACUCCAUUUUAUUCAAAUUAGUGUUUAGUAUGUUCAAGACUUUUGAGAUAUUGGACCAUAUUCCCUGACAGAUUUUAUUUAAUCUCUCCUAUUUUGUAAAUCAAAUUACAAUGGAAAAACUUGCCUCUUUAGGAUAAUUACCUUCCUGAUAUCUUUGGCACUGUGGGUUGAUAUGCUGAAAGUAGAGGCCAUAGGUCAUCUGAAUAAAGUGGAAAUUGCGUUGAAUAAUGAAACAGACCUGGAGAACAAGAAAAGACAUCAAUAAACUUUUUAAAAAUUAGUGGUAAGCCAGGCAUGGUAGCAUGCUCCUAUGAACUCUUUUUUUUUUUUUUUUAAGAGAGAGAGGGGAGAGAAAGAGAGAGAUUUUUUUAAAAUAUUUAUUUUUCAGUUUUCGGUGGACACAACAUCUUUAUUUUAUUUUUAUGUGGUGCUGAGGAUCGAACCCAGCGCCCCGCACAUGCCAGGCGAGCGCGUUACCGCUUGAGCCACAUCCCCAGCCCAACCUAUGAACUCUUUCUUCUUGGCAAAAGAAGUCAAAGAUGUAACUUUACACAAUUUCUAUUAUUUUUUCCUCCUUGAUAGUAAACACUCAUUAUUUGCUAAUUGAGACAUCAAGUUCCAACUAACUGAAAAAAGCUUUUUCUUAGCUCUGAACAUGAUGCAGCUUGUUACUCUCCAGAUAGUGCCUUUGAUUGAAAAUAAGAUUUAGAUCUUUUGAAAUAUAUUAUUUCUGACAUCAUAAGAAAUCAUUUGGUUCCUCAUUUGUCAUUUACAUAAUGUAUUGUAAUAUUCAGAUUUAAGGUAAAAUAAGUGUAUGAAUUAUGUUUUGGUAAAGCUCUUUCAUGAUUAGCUUGAUUGUUGCAUAGUACUAGGCUUUGGAGGUUAACAUUUUGUGAAAUCAAAGAUUUACUUAUUAAAACAAAGAGUUUAGCUUGAAAGUUAUUGCUGCUCUACAUUAACAAAAAACUUACGCUUUUAAAAUUAAUCCACUUAAAUUUAAUUUUUUGUACCAAAUUAAUUAAAAUUUCUGGUUGAAAGUAGAGUGGAUACUAUUUGUAAUCCAAGUUUUUACAUCACAUCCAUUGAUCUACCUAUCCCUUCUUUUCACUCCAAAGAAGAGAUGAUAGAAUAAUACAUUCAAUAUACUUAAGAGAUGCAAAGUUAUAAUGUAUUUCAUUUUACUGUUGGAAUUUUUUAUAGUAACAUUGUAUAAUAACCUGAAAUGUUUACUUGUGCCUUUGCUUUAAACAAUUAAAGUUUUCUGUUUUGUAAGAA